UUACUGCAUCUAGCGGGAAGUUGUAGUAAUGAUGUGGAAGAGAAUGGUUUGUGUAAUAUAAAUAAUAUUGUUGCUGAUAUAUUGUUCAGUACACUGUGUAAAUUAGCAACGUAUAAACUUAAUGCUAAAAUGGGAAAACUGUUCAAACAGUGCCGCUUGGUUAGCUAACUAACCUUCAAACAAUUAAAGUGAAAGUCAGCUAUAGACAGUGUAAUGGCCAGUCCUGCCUGCAAGCCCUUCAGGAGGUGUUAGGACCUCAGGCACCAUGACAGACGCUUGCUCGGAGCCAGCCAGAGGCAUCAGGGCCAUUGAUAAACACUCGGUGCAUCAGAUCUGUUCUGGGCAGGUGGUGCUGACUCUGGCCACAGCUGUAAAAGAGCUGGUAGAGAACAGCAUCGAUGCAGGUGCUACACAAGUUGACAUCAGGCUCAAAGAGAAUGGGACGGAGCUGGUAGAAGUCUCUGACAAUGGACGAGGCGUCGAGGAGGAGAACUUUGAAGGCCUAACCUUAAAGCACCAUACAUCGAAACUGAGAGAUUUCUCCGACUUAAUUCAUGUUGAAACUUUUGGCUUCCGUGGUGAAGCCCUGAGCUCACUGUGUGCCCUCAGUGACCUCAGCGUGGUGACCUGUCAUGAAAGUAGCCAAGUGGGCACUCGGCUCGUCUUUGACCACAAUGGCCAUCUUGUCCAGCGAGCUCCCCAUCCCCGGCAGCAGGGGACCACCGUCAGCCUUCAGCAGCUCUUCUCCACCUUGCCAGUUCGCCACAAAGAGUUUCAGCGCAACAUCAAAAAGGAGUUUUCUAAGAUGAUCCACGUCCUGCAGUCAUACUGCAUCAUCUCCACUGGUGUGCGCAUCACAUGCACUAAUCAGCUUGGCCAAGGCAAGCGUAACACAGUAGUGUGCACCAGCGGGAGCCACAGCAUGAGAGACAACAUUGGAGCGCUGUUCGGGCCGAAACAGGUCCAGAGUUUACUUCCUUUUCAGCAAAUAUCUCCCAAUGAGAGCGUUAAAGAGGAUUACGGCUUAACUGGGGAACUUCCUAACGACCUUUUCACGAUCUCUGGCUAUGUCUCACAAGCCGACCACGGUGUGGGACGAAGUGCAACUGACCGGCAGUUCUUUUUUAUUAAUAAAAGGCCCUGUGAUCCAUCCAAGAUUUCCAAACUUGUAAAUGAAGUCUACCACAUGUUCAACCGUCAUCAGUACCCGUUUGUUGCUCUAAACAUUUCCGUUGCUUCAGAAUGUGUCGACGUAAACGUUACACCCGAUAAGCGUCAGAUAUUUCUGCAGGAAGAGAAGCUGUUGCUUGCUAUCCUGAAGUGCUCUCUCAUUGCUAUGUAUGAGACUGGAGUCAAUAAAAUCAGUCUCAAUCACACACCACAAAUCACAGGCAGUUUUUCCAGAUGUAGUGACUCUGCUAACAGUUCAGAAGAUCCUCCGAAAGCUUCGCUGACUGGAUUGACUUCAGAAGAUGAUUCAGAGACUUUGACACGGACCCCAAAGACGUUUUUUAACUUAGCUGGACUAAAGGCGGCAUUUUCAAAACAGCAGGUUACUGGUACUGGGACAAAGACCUCCAACAAUAAAACUGUGCAUAAUGGUCCAACUCAAAAAAAGAUGCAGUCUUUUUUCCAUAGCUCCGAAAAGACUAACUAUAGUAGAUUACCAGAUACUGCUUCUGAAAAAGCAACAUCACCACUGAAAGCUUUGAAAUUGGGCCUAACCAAGCAUGAGCACAAAUCAGACAUGGAGGCUGAUUCAGGUCUGUCAGAGCAAGGCUCCUUCACAGAAACCCCAGAGACUCUGUGUGGAAGCAGUUCUGAAAUCGACUCUCCAGACUUGGCUUUAGAGGAACCUAGCAUUAAAACGAAGCCUGACAGUGAGUCUGUAGAUGAGGUGCAUGAUGUUUUAGAAACUUCUGAGCAAGAGACAGUGUCUGUUAUUAAUCCUGAAAAGACUUUGAGUCCCAAGGCAAAAAAAUGUAGGCGGGAUGAUAACCUAUCAGAAGAGCCCCAACUGCCAUCCUCGAGUGCGAGCGAUACUUCCUGUGGACUGUUUGACAAACCUGUCAGAAUGCAGAAGAAAACCGUGCCUUUGCAGUUUUCAAUGACCGAGUUGGUUGGAAGGAUGGAGAGACAAAAGACCCAGCAAAUGAAGCAGAAUGAUCAGGAGCCAAAAUAUAGACGCUUCAGGGCAAAAAUUAACCCUGGAGAAAGCCAGAAUGCAGAGAAUGAGUUGAAGAAAGAGAUCAGCAAGGACAUGUUUAAGGAGAUGGAGGUAAUUGGUCAGUUCAACCUGGGUUUUAUCAUUACCAAGUUAAAAUCCGAUCUUUUUAUUAUCGACCAGCACGCGACAGACGAAAAGUACAACUUUGAGAUGCUACAACAGGACACUGUGCUAAAAGGACAGAGACUUAUAGUUCCACAGAAUCUCCACCUGCCUGCUGUAAGUGAAACUAUACUGAUUGAAAAUCUCGAAAUCUUCAAGAAAAAUGGCUUCGACUUCCUCAUUGAUGAGAAUGCACCAGUCAUGGAGAGAGUGAAGCUAAUAUCUGUACCCACAAGUAAGAACUGGACCUUUGGCCCAAGUGACAUCGAGGAGCUUAUCUUCAUGCUUAGUGACAGUUCUGGAGUCAUGUGCAGGCCCUCUCGAGUCAGGCAGAUGUUUGCAUCGAGAGCAUGCCGUAAAUCAGUAAUGAUCGGGACUGCACUGAACACCAGUGAGAUGAAGAAGCUUGUGGCCCACAUGGGGGAAAUUGAGCAGCCUUGGAACUGUCCUCACGGCAGGCCGACCAUGAGGCACCUGGUGAACCUUGAUGUCAUUUCUCAGGACUGAUGCAUGAAACAUUUGAUUGCUGUAUUUCUUUCAAGCUGGAGCAGAUUUGUAUACCUGUAUAAAUGUUUCCUGUACAGACAGACACGUACUGUUUUAAUAUUUGUUGCUCUGUGUGUACAUUUCAUUUAACUUUAUCAUUCAACCUACUGUUUUUAUAUUCACAAAUUUCUUUUAUCUUUUCUAUUCAAAUGUCUUUUAUCUUUGUUUUUUCCUGAAUAAAGAGCUGUUAGCAGAGAUGAUAAAUGCUUGUGAGGUUUGACCCAUGUGGCCCAUCGUACAAACACUAUCACUAAGCAACCUGUUGCUGUACACAGGCUGCUUUAACAGGCCAAUUCAUGAAGUAGCGCCCGGGUCGACGAGUGUAUCUUGCGUGUGAUGUCAUGUGAUAAUUUUUUCUGGGGGACAACUAAACAAGGUUUAAUUUGUCUUAAAUAUGGUUCACUUUUGCACUGUUUUUGGUUCCAAUCAUUCAAAUAGAGAAAAAGGUAUUACUGUCUCCCUGGAAAUUUGUCUUGAACUUGUGAUUGUGGCUUAGGAACUUGACUUGGGCAUUUCUUUAGAAAGGAAAUAUCUCUGAUCCGGGAGGAGAUUUUUUUUCACAGCAGUAAGAAGAACCCAGUCUGCCUUUUUUUUAAUCUGUAACUGUCAGUGAAUCUCUUUGUUUCACUCCAGCUUUGAGCCCACAACAAUGUGAGAACAGCUCUCUCUCUCUCUCCCUCCCUCCCCAAGGCCUGCCGUACAGUCGCAGCGUGCGGCCACCAUCUUGCCAUUUUUUUUCACUGACAAUCCACGAAGUUAAAGGUUUUUCGGUCGUUCUUUGUGAGUGGCUUGUGAGUUUACUUCCGGUGACUGAAGUGGUGGUCAUGCGAACUGAUUUGGCCGGCGGCAUGUAAAGAACUUGUGAAACUGUCUCUGACUAUUUUCUCAGUUUAGAGGCCAAUGCAUGGUCAAGGUAUCUUCAGAAAGUUGCUCUUUGUAAUGGGAUAGAUCCCUACAUACUAGUAAAGAAGGAUUUUUCCUAUGAGUUGGAAAAUUAUCCAUUUGUAGAGCUCAUUCUACACAGACAAGCGGAUGAAAACCUGGAAGAGCAUGGAACAGUACAAUUAUUAUUAUUUUUUGGGGGGGGUUAAAGAUGUGGGGAUCAGGACACUACAUGAUAAAUCCUGUAUUGUUUUUGCCUGGCUAAGUAGGCAUUCUUGGGCUUUUUGUACGCAUCUUUGCAACGGUUCUUAGGAUGCGACACGUUUUAUUAUGGGGUGUAAACAAAUCACACCUUUUUUUUUUUUAAACAAAAUGCAGCGAGAAGGUACAUUCCAACAUCUAUGUAGGUAACACUAGGCAACAAAUGUACAUCGUCAGUUCAAUCAUUUUGAGGAAUUUUGUACGGAUCAUAACCGCUAAUAAAUUUUAAUUUCUGCAUACAUUCUGCAAUUAUUUAUUUCUCAUACAUUCCAAAAAAUUCUUAAUGCCCUUACAG